AUGGAGACCUUGGAGGAAUAUGAACUCUGCUUUCCACAACUCCUCAACACCUCCUGCAGGAAGCCAAUUCGGUCUUAUUUUGAGGCCAUGCUCAUUUACAUUGUGUUGUCCUCCAUUUCUCUGUCCACUGCAGCUUUUAACCUGCUCGUCAUCAUCUCUAUCUCCCACUUCAAGCAGCUCCACACCCCGACCAACCUCCUCCUCCUCUCUCUGGCUGUCUCAGAUUUCUUUGUGGGCCCCCUCAAUUUCUUCCAAAUUAUGCUCAUAGAUGGUUGCUGGCUCCUCGGUAACAUCAUAUGUACUCUGUAUCAGUAUGUAAUAUACAUUAUUACCUCUGCAUCUAUAGGAACCACAGUGCUUAUAUCAGUCGACCGAUAUGUGGCUAUUUGUGAUCCUCUGCAGUACUCCACUAAAGUCACAAAACAAAGAGUUCAAGUCUGUGUUUGUCUGUGUUGGACAGGUUCUAUUUUCUUUCACAGCCUGCUGCUGAUGGAUAACCUGGAACAACCCGGCAAGUUUAAUUCCUGCUCUGGAGAAUGUGUGUUUGUCAUCAACUACAUUGCCGGAAUUGCAGAUGUGUUAUUGUCCUUUAUCGGUCCUGUCACUGUCAUCAUAGUUCUGUACAUGAGAGUAUUUGUGGUGGCUGUGUCUCAGGCUCGUGCCGUGCGGUGUCAUGUCACAGCUGUCACUCUCCAUCAAACAGCAAAAGUAACUGUUAACAAAUCUGAGCUGAAAGCAGCCAGGACUCUUGGUGUUGUCAUUAUUGUGUUUCUAAUAUGUAUUUGUCCAUAUUUUUGUGUUGCACUAUCAGGCCAAGACACCUUACUCAAUGCUUCAUCUGCUGCCUUUGUAAUCUGUUUGUUCUACUUUAAUUCCUGUCUGAAUCCUGUGAUCUAUGCCUUUUUUUACCCCUGGUUUAGAAAAUCUAUUAAGCUCAUUGUUACACUUAAGAUACUGCAGCCUGGCUCCCGUGAGGCAAACAUGCUGUAG